AUGGAGGGGGAGAAGAAGGCGAAGCUGAAGAGAACGUUCUCUUUCAAGAAGAAAGAAAACUUGUCCACGAUCACGGGGGACCCGGGCGCAGAAGAGGGCAUGGCCUCGCCCCGCAAAGCUUCCUCACCCUCGCCCGGUUCGGAGUCGCCAGCGUCGCCUGCACGGAGAAGGCUGGGCUUCGGGCUCAAGAAGAAGAGCAAAGGUGAAGAAGACGCUCUGGGAAAGGGCGACAAGAAGCAAAAGAAGGCGAAGAAGGAGGGCAAGAAAGAAAAGAAGCGGAAGGAGCUGUUCCCCGCGGAUGGAGCGAACGAGGACCCCGCCGGCCUCAACAGGGACAAGAAGGGCAAGAAGAAGACCACCAGCGACAAGACCACCAAGAAGCCAUCGUCGACCCUCCUGAAGACCUCUCUGACCUCGACGGCCUACCUGGCGGCCUCGCAGCACCAGGGGCCGAUCCAGGGCCUGGACCGGCGGAUGACGACCUUCCUUCUCUCGUUCCUCUCUGGCCACGACCUCCUCUCUGCUCGUUUGGUGUCUAAGCGCUGGGCCGGCAUCAUCGAUGGGAAUGGGCACUUGAUGUGGAAGUCUGCCUGCCUCAACCUGUGGACCGAGCAGCUGCGCGAUUUUGCCGAGGUGCAGCCCUCGCUGCUCGCGGCCGCGCACCCGAGCGGUCGCCGCGGGGUGGCGGUGGACGCCCUGGCCGCCGUGCUCAACUCGUCGGUCAGCGGCGACUGGCGCCGGCUCUAUUUCCUCUCGACCCAUGGCCUCUCGCUCGACAUCGCUACGACGUCGCAGCAUCCCUUCCCCACCACCAACCUCAGCCAGAGACCUGCCUGCUUUCAUCUUCAUCGUCGUCGUCGUCGUCGUCGCUCUUCAUCUUCAUCACUGUCGCCUGCCACGUUCCUCUUCUCGCCCCUGCAGCUGCUGGUCAGAGGCGACCUUCAAGCAUUCGAACCGACAUCGGCGCCGGCCGAGGCGAGCGACGGUGCUCUGCCGACGACUGCCGACGAACAGUUCCUCGACGCCCAGUCCUGCCCCGGCUGGACCGCCAGCGGGUCCCUGGCCCGAUACGAGGAGGCGCUUGGCGAGCACCUCCUCUCCGCUGGAUCGAGCGCCGAGCGCCGAGUGAAGGUCAUCUGGAGCGCGCAGGUGCUGCCAGGCUUCCACUGGACCGUCGUCGCUGUCCCCAUCGUCACCAAGACCCAGCCCAGCGUCCACACUGGGUCAGCCAGACACCAGCAGCAUCGCAUCAUCCACACGGCUUCUCUCGCUCAGGACGGCAAGGUGGUGGCGGAGCGGGGCGGUCGAGCUCUGGCGGCGUUCAUGUCGCAGCAGAGGGUCGCUGGUCUGGGCGGACCGGCUCUUCGGCUGCUCGCGAUCGCCUUCGGCGUGCCGCAGCUCAUCCCGGUGCCGCUCUCCGGGCACAACGCACCGCAGUUCCUCGCACCGCAGGGCGAGAAGCCCUGGUCGUUCGUCUUCUUCCACCAGACCGAGGCCGUCACCAAGACCUCGCUCUUUGCGCUCAGGAACGUCGUUGGCCCUGAGGAAGUCGAGGCAUCUGAGCCCACAACACAGAACACGAGAGAGCGGUCCGGCACGCAGCUCUUCUACGCCCAGUUGGCGGGCGGCAUUCCUCCGCAACUGGAGAAGAAGAAAGAGGAGGAGCAGAGCGCGGCGGGGAAGAAGCAAGCGCCGCCGGUGCCGGCGCGGCACAAGCCUACGGCCGAACCACUCACCACCACCACGCCCAGCGAGCCGCUGCUGGUGCGGACAUGCCUGUUCCGUAACGGGCACCGGGGACCAUUCUGCCUUCUCCGCUCAUCCACCCCGAGCAAGACCGACAAGAACGACAGGCCGGUCUGGGCCAGCGAGGACCCCACGCUGCUCGCGGCUUUACCUCCCCAGGACUGCACUCCCUACCCCGUCGCCUAG